AUGUCGGAAAGCGAUGACAGUGUGCCCGAGGCCCGAGAUGCUGAGACGCCUGAAGGCUCCCCACCAAGCUCGCCCGACCUGUUGACAGAUGUGGCACCUACCAGGAAAGCCCGGAGGAGAACAGACGCCCAAGCCCAAGUGAAGAACACAUCUAAAGUAGACAAGCAGCCAGAAAAGUUGCCACCAAGUCAGUCUCCAGUUGCCCACAGAGGUUGGGGUUACUGGGGCGACUGGGGCAAAUCUAUCCUGUCCACGGCCACGACCACUGUGGCAACAGUGGGCCAGGGGCUGACUCAAGUCAUCGAGAAAGCCGAGACGUCGUUAGGCAUCCCGAGCCCCACCGCGUUGUCUACCCCAGUGGAAGACGAAGGCGGGUGUGGCGAGACCGAACAAGCGGCGGGAGAAGGCACCGCACCAGUGGGCGGCGCCAUGGGGAUGCUCACGUCGCUCACCAGCGUGUUCCAAAAUACUGGUAAGACCGUGAUCAGCGGUGGCCUGGACGCUCUGGAGUUCAUUGGGAAAAAGACAAUGGACGUGAUUGCUGAAGGCGACCCCGGCUUCAAGAAAACCAAAGGCCUCAUGAUCAGGAACUCCACUCUCUCUCAGGUAUUAAGGGAGGCCAAAGAGCGAGAGGAGCUUCAAACAGAGGUGUUGUCAGACUUGUCGGAGAAAAAGGCGGUGGCUCACUAUGGGGUGCUCUUUGACCAGUACCAGGGCUUGGCCCACCUCGAGGCUCUGGAGAUGCUCUCUCGGGAAAGCGAGUCAAAAGUGAAAUCAGUGUUGACGACACUGUCGGGAGAUGAGCUAAGUAAGCUCCGGGAAGAGCUGGAGCUCAUCAAGGAUGCCUUCUCCAUGAUGGAGUUUGACGACGAGGAUGUAGACGAGAAGAAAGACCAAGACGGGUCUGAAUUUGAGGCGGAGCUCACCCAGGCCUUGGAGGAUCUAGCUGUCUCCACCACAGCCGAAAAACUCAGCAAGGCCUGUAAAGAAGCAUGUGGUGUGAUUGUCGACCUGAGCAAACCGGCGGAGGACGUCAAGGAAGGCGAGGACGAAAGGACCAAGCUUACUGUGGAGGAAGUGAACGCCGCCGCCAUCAGGAGUCUGGCCGAGCUGACAGCGCGCUCCAUUGAACUUUUCCACAAGCUGGGCGAGAGCCUGCUCCUCUCCAACGGCGACGUGGAGGCAAAUGUCCUAUCACAGUUGACAGUCUUGCUGUGUAAAGAAGUCUCAUUGCUUUCCAAAAAGUUUACCUUCUGUUUAACAGAAGCCGGGUCAAAUGAGAAGGGAGAGGUCCUCAAUCCGCUGAUAACAGGAGUCUUCCUUGAGGCGUCCAACAGUGCGUCGUACAUUCAAGAUGCCUUCCAGCUUCUGAUGCCCAUCUUGGAAAUAUCCCACAUCCAGAGAAGAGCCAACAUAACCCAUGACAACUGA